UUCAUUUUUGCUAUGUGCGUGUGUAUGUGUGUCAAACUGUCCAGACUGAAUUUGAUCCUGCAGCCAACCAGAGAGAACCUGCAGUGCAAAAAAGUGACAAGCUUACUUACAUCUGCUAAUGUUUCUAUUUGGCAGGAAACCUCUAGCAGUUGAAAAUGCAGCUCAUGGUUUAAUGGCACUAAUUCCAUUUAUGAAUGUGUCUAUAUAUGUUAAAAAAUACAUUAAAUUGGAGAUUAAUUCAUAUUGUGAUGAACCAGAUUCAGUUACUUGGGAUCAAAUGAACGGUCUGCAUGUAAAAGAGAUAAUUUGACUGUAAAUUCAUUGAAUUUGGCAGGUAUUGGCUGGAAGAUCAGGUGUCUCACUGUCACUGAGCUCCUUGUUAUUUGCUGAGCAUGCUGGGAUCUUGUUCCACCCUCACCCACAUGUGAGUCUCAUAUGUUUCUCCCCUGGAUCCUGUUGGGACACUUGCUGCCUAAACUUAAAGAAGCCAGGAAGAGGUUUCCUUUAACUCAACUUUCUGGGAAACGUAUUGGAUUACACAGUAAAGUCGGAAUAGCAGGGAACAUUUUUGCAACUCUAUAUGUCAGGUCAUUUCUGCCACAAAUCAUAUGCUGGUGGACAAACCUUGUGAGGAGGAGCUGCUCUUCCACCUGGGAAGGUUCCAGCAAACCUGACAUCUGGCCCUGGUCCUACGCAGUCGACCAACCAGCAGCCGAUAGUUCAAACAGUUUUCACUCAAACAGACACAGCGUCACUAGUGGAGGUAAAACUAGUCGGCUGAGCGUUAAUGUUUUUACACUGGAGUCACAGCCUGAAGAGGGACACUGGUCAUUGAUUCAGCCUGUGCCAUGGAUCACGUGCUCUACAUCGCCGACCGCUACAUCCUCACUCCGUACGUGUACCCGGCCUCGUGGCCCGAGGAUGAAGCUCUGCGUCAGAUUAUCAGCCUGUGGGUGGUGACAAUGAUUGGAGCAGAGCUGCUUUACCUGGGCUUUGCUGCUCUUAACUUCUACACUGUGUUCGACCACAAGCUCAUGAAACAUCCACAGUUUAUCAAGAACCAGGUGAGACAAGAAAUCCAGCUGGGAGUGAACUCGAUCUUCUGGAUGAGCUUCCCCACUGUCGCUCUUUUCUUCUGGGAGGUCAAGGGACACAGCAAACUUUACGACCACAUCAGCGAAUCUUCCCUGGGCUGGGCUGGAGUGAUCCUUAGCAUUGCUGGUUUCUUGUUCUUCACCGACAUGUGCAUCUACUGGAUCCACCGCUGGAUGCAUCAUAAGCUCGUUUACAAGUACUUACAUAAGAAACACCACAUAUUCAAGAUCCCCACGCCAUUUGCCAGCCACGCCUUCCACCCACUGGACGGCUUCCUGUCGAGCUUACCCUACCACGUCUACCCCUUCAUCUUCCCCCUGCACAAGGUGGUGUAUCUCUCACUCUUUCUCUUUGUCAACUUUUGGACCAUCUCCAUACACGACGGAGAUUACCGCAUCCCCGGCCCUCUGAUCUGUGUGAUUAACGGUGCUGCCCACCACGUGGACCAUCACCUCCACUUCAUCUACAACUAUGGACAGUACUUCACGCUCUGGGACCGUCUGGGGGGGUCUUACCGACACCCCUCGGCCUUGCUGGGGGACGGCUCCCACGACCACGUACGCAAGCUCAUGGCAGAGGCUGCAAAGACAAAGUGAGGGUGGAAGCCGCAGUCUGGAUAUCUCUGUUUGUCAUCUGCACAUCUCUGGGAGGUUUCCAGUGAGAAACCGAUGCUUCAGUUACACCCACAGACAUCUGGAGCAUUCAAUAAAAAUACAAAGUACACAGGAGGCAUUAUGUGAUUUUCAAAACGGACUUUAGCAUGACAGGACAUUUCCCUUCAGGAGACAACAAGGCAGGGGAAGCUUUCACAAUGACGUGGAAGUAAAGGACAGUUGAGUCAUUUACUUUAAAGAACUUUUGGCCUGUUGCAUUGAAGUCUCAGCAGUCGAGAGGAUUUGGAGAUUUCUGUUGAAGCGGCCGCAGCUUGUCAGAAGUCUCUCAGCUCCCCGUGCUCGGUGUGUUCUCGUGGAGGCUCUGCAAGGCGAGGUCCGUCCACUUCAUCUCCUGCUCUUUCACCGACUCCGUGGAUCCUCCGUUGUCCUGCUCAGCUUCAGGAAGCUCACUCUGACAGGGGACAGGGAAGAGAAGAUGCCAUGAUGCCACUGUUUUUGAUUUAAAAGUUUGUGCACAUUACACAACAGCUGAGAACAGAUCAAAUUGGCUUGGUUCCUUGUGUGCUUCAUCAGAUUUGUUAUUUGUAUCGUGUCGUAAUCCCAUUAAACCUCCACUGCUCAGCGACUAGCUGCAGAACAAAUCCACAACACAUGAAGCUUGUUUGAUGCUCACAGAAACAGUUUGACAUCGAUAUAAGAUGAAUGAACAAUGACAACUCGUGCCUUGUGAAAACCCCAAUGUCCGAUUAAAAAUGUGACUGUAAACAAGCUGUGAAUGUUGGUUUCCUGCUGAAGCUGGUAGUGAUGUGUAUGUGAUGUUUAUAUAUAUUAAUUGUAUUUUAAAAGAGGAAAAGAACAAGAAACAAGUAAACAUGGGGUUGUAUACAAUAACACAUGGGAGCAUUCAAGGGGUUUGUCCAAUACUCAUAUAAAUCAUACAAAUAUCAUGUAGAAUUAAAAGAUAUUCAAAG